AUGGGGACGGCAGGGGGUGGGUGGGGAGUUAUGGGAUGGGGCGGAGGAAAGGGAGAAGCAAGGGAGGGAUGGGUGGAGUCGGGAUUGGAGAGUGGGAGGAACGGGGAACAUGGGAGGGUCGGCGGUGGGGUGAGGGGUGGAGGGUCGGAGAGAGAGAGAAUGGGGGAAGGAUGGUCGGCUCGUCGGAGAGCGAGGGUGGGGAAGGAAUGGCCAGCUACGACGGGUUUAACUGGAGGGUGA